GAUAUGGGUUUUGAGCGUCACAUCGAUUGUCGCCAUUGUCGACUGCUUAAAACACUUCAUGAAGCAAGCUACCUACAUGACAAUGUCAUGUGUGUGCAUGGAAAGUGGGUCGCAUCAGUCACAGCUGGCACACCACACCCGGCAGGCAGGCAGGCAGGCUAGUCAAGCAGCCGCCCUCUCCCUCUCUCUCUCACGCACUCACACACGUUCUGUCGCAUCGGCUUCAGCUGGGUUCCUUGCGGCUGUGUGCACAUGUACAUGUGACGCCCUCCCUGUUCCAAUCGUCGGUGGAUGAAGGCACACUACACGAGGCAGUGUACUGUCAUAUACACCGCCUCGUGUCGGCCACCUCAAUGCACCCGACAAUCAGAACAGGGCACACAAGCUGGCUGGGAGCGACACAUUGGCCAAAAGCGGGACGUCACACGCACAUACACACACGCUCUCCAUUUACCGUCCCCUCUCUCCCCAGCCCCAGACAAACGCACGGCAUUCAUUCUCUGACACUACGGACGGACGCAGCCCUGUCUUUCCUUGUCUGUCUACCCAUCAAGCUUCGGCAGCCAUGGGUUCCGCCCCAUUAACCGCCUCGCCAGCGGCGGCCGUGGCGGCAGCACUCCCCUCCACCUCCCCCGCCUCUUGCUGCGCCUGCCCAGCCUCCCCCUCGCCCCCGCCCUGCUGUCCACCCUCGACCUCUUGCUGCUGCUGCUGCUGCUGCUGCCCAGACCACUCAGCUUCGCCACCGUUGUGGUUGGCCGCCGGCUGCUGUUGCUGCUGCUGCUGCUGCUGGGGGCUGGCAUUGUUGCCGCCAUUGCCGGUGUUGUUAUUGUUGACGGCCUGGGCAGCGUGUGUGGGAGAGGCCUGCUGGGCGGCGCUGGCGAUGGUGGCCUGUGGCUUCAUGAUGGCGAGGGCGAUGAAGUCCCCGAUCUGGAACUUGACGCUCUGCAGGGAAAUGUUGUCGUCGUUGCCGCGGCGGGUCGAGUGCACGCUGCCCAUCUUGACCAUCGUGUUCUUGCCCUGCCGAUCUGGCCAGCAAUCGAUGAAUGACAACACACACACAACACCAGACCAAGGAAAGAACGAUGGAUGACCACAGUGUGUGGCCAUCAUAUAUAUGCCCACCCACCGACCCACCUGGGUACACGAGUUGGAACUCGAGUCGUGCGUCGCGGGCCCUGGCCUCGUCAGCCACGUCUUUGAUGAGGUCCGUCAGCUCCCGCAGAGUGGCGUCCUGCCAGGUGUACACCUGCAGCUCGGUGUUGUGCAGGGCCUCCUUGCCGCGGUGAGCGAAGUCCAGGAUGUCGUGGCGGCUGUUGAUCUUGUAAAACACGCGCAGCAGGAACGGGCACGUCUUCUCGCGGUCCACCAGCUGCCGGGGUGGCCCUCGGUGAAGCGGACCACCACCACCCACACCGCCCGUCCGGGCAGGGCCGGAGGCGCGACUGAAGGGAAACAAACCAUUCGACGUGCGAAGUGUCAAGUGUGUUGUACGUGUGAAAUGAUUUCUGCAUCAUAUAUCAGCAGCCUGCCAUUCGACAGGUCUACCUGUAGGGAGCAGGGCGGUUGUCGCGCCGGGGGUCGCCAAUGCGCGGCCCGCCUCCCCCACCUGGGGGAGGGCGGCUGAACCUGUCACGCUCUCUGUCACCACGCACAUCUCUGUCUCUGGUGUCACGAUCACGAUCACGGUCACGAUCUCGGUCCCUGUCUCGGUCGCGAUCUCUGUCCCUUGGCCCAUCGCCGUUCCUCAUCCUGCUGUCACGCUCGCGGUCCUGCCGACAGAGACAGCAGACAGACACAGAGACAGACAGACAGACAGACAGAGAGGCGUCACUCCUUCCUUGGUGCGCGUGUCCGCAUCUGUGGGUGCAUUGUGUGUGGUGUGCUUCGCUUGGUGCGUGCGCACCAGGUCCAUGAACACCUCACGACCUCCGGCACGGCGAGGUCCAUCACGGUCCUGCAACACACAAACAAACUCGCUCAUCCAGAUGCCAAAGCCACAGGUGCUGGAUGGUCCCUGUGCGCCAGUCAGUGACCUUGUCGAUGUCCAUGCGAAGAUCUCGCUCUCGGUCCCUGUCACGGCGGGAGUCCAUCGCGCUUCUGAGCAGCGACAACAAGGGCAGUCGGCGCCAAUGAAAGAGAAGCCUUCCCUUCCCUUCCCGCUUAGAGGGUCUUCC